AUGGGGGGUCCAAGCAAGAAGAGAAGGAAUAAGCUCCUCCUCGACCACCGACGGGACUUUCGGACCACCGCCGGAACUUCGCCGGACUACCGCCGGAGCCUCGCCGGACUACCAACAGAGCUUCGCCGGACCACCGCCCGAGGACAUCACCUUCACCUGAGUUUUCGGGUCAAAAACGGGUCUCCUCUUUUUCAGCUAAAGAAAAGAAAAGAUGACUCAGUGUUUCCCACCGCCACCGAAGCCACCACCUCCGCCGGCUCCGGCUCCGGCACCAAACCCAACUCCAACCCCGAAUCCGACUCCAAAUCCCCCGCCACCGCCAAUGCCGUGUCCACUGCCACCCCCUAUUCCUAUGCCAUGUCCCAAGCCUCCACCGACUCCGCCUCCUCCACCAAGUCCGCCGCCACCGCCACCGCUACCUCCAACACCUCCUCCUGUGCCACCACCCACACCACCUCCAACACCAAAUCCUCCACCAUGACCACCACCAAGCCCACCGCCGCCGCCGCCUCCAGCUCCACCACCACCGCCAAGUCCUCCAGCACCACCACCUGCACCACCACCGCCACCUCCUCCUCCAACACCACCCCCACCACCACCACCAAAUCCUCCUCCAGUGCCACCACCUAA